AUGGUCAAUCUUAUCGAACGACAAAUUUCCUUAUUAUUAUUGCUGAUAUCAAUGAUGUACUGCAAUGAAGAUGCAAAACGAUUACAUGAUGAUUUAAUGGCAAAUUACAACAAACAUCGAAGACCAGCUCCAGCAGCUAAUAAACCGAUAACUAUCAAAUUAAAAUUACGACUCUCACAAAUCAUCGAUGUACAUGAAAUUGAUCAGAUAAUGACAUGCAGUAUUUGGCUCAAACAAGUAUGGAUAGACAGAAAACUUUCUUGGAAUCCAAAAAAUUACGGUGGCGUGAGUGUACUGUAUGUACCGUAUGAAAUGAUUUGGGUACCUGAUAUUGUCCUCUAUAAUAAUGCUGAUAAUAAUUAUAACAUAACAAUCAGCACAAAAGCAACUCUUCGAUACGAUGGUGAAGUGACCUGGGAACCACCAGCUAUUUUUAAAAGUUUAUGUCAAAUUGAUGUCAGAUGGUUUCCCUUUGAUGAGCAGCGCUGCCAUUUUAAGUUUGGUUCUUGGACUUAUUCACAAGAUUUAUUGGAUCUGGAAUUAUUAGGCGGUGAGCCAUAUUAUGAGCUUGAAAUGAAUGGAAAUGGUGAAAUGGAUAAUGUCACCAUUGUUGAAGAUGGAAUUGAUCUUUCGGACUAUUAUCCAUCGGUAGAAUGGGAUAUCAUGUCACGAGUGGCAAAAAGAAGAACUAAAAAUUAUUCGAGCUGUUGUCCGGAUGAAACUUACGUUGAUAUUAUGUAUUAUUUGGAAUUACGCCGGAAACCAUUAUUUUAUACGGUAAAUUUGGUUUUCCCAUGCGUUGGCAUAUCAUUUCUUACCGUUCUCGUUUUCUAUUUACCAUCACAUAGCGGUGAAAAAGUUACUCUUUGUAUAUCAAUUCUGGUUACCUUAACUGUCUUCUAUUUAUUGUUGACAGAAAUUAUCCCUGCUACCAGUAUUAGCUUACCAUUAAUUGGUAAAUAUUUAUUAUUUACUAUGGUUAUGGUAACACUUAGCGUAAUAGUCACUGUUAUAUCUCUGAAUUUGCAUUUUCGAAAGCCUACGACGCAUCGCAUGCCUGAAUGGGUAAAGUGGUUUUUUCUUAAAACAUUACCCAAAAUAUUAUUUAUGAGACGACCAAUGAAUGAUGCAAACGAUUUAUUUUGUAAAGAUGAACGGAUAACAAUGAACUAUCAUGAACAUACAGUGAGUGGAGAUGGUGGAAGUUUGAUUCCGACUGAAUCGAAUGAACAAAUUCAGAAGAUAUACCAUUCACCCCAUGUAGUAAAAGCAUUUGAAAAUAUCUGCUUUAUUGCCGAAUUGCUCAAGAAAAAAGACAGAGAUGCUAAAAUGGACGAAGAUUGGAAUUACGUUGCAGUGGUACUAGACCGAUUAUUUCUAUUACUUUCUUCAAUUGCAUGUUUCGCAGGAACCAUUACAAUUCUUCUUCAGGCACCAACACUCUAUGACAGUCGACAAGCCAUCGACUUGCAAUAUCGACCCACAAAUAUUACUUAA